UGAUUUUUUUUUUUAAAUAAAAAUAAAAAAUAAAAAACCGGAUCAACAGAUCAGAUCACCAGGUUAAUAUGCAGAACGGGUUAAUAACUUUGACCAUGCCUUCCAAAAAUUUAAAAACUCCAAAACGGUUGAAGCUUGAAAAGAGGCUAGAUAGAUCACAACAGAGAGACAGAGAGAGAGGAUGAUGGAAGGAUUGAGUGAAGACGAAAGAAAGGCACUAAGAGGAAGCAAAUUCGCACCUCUCCCUCCUCCUUCCUUUCGUUCCCAACAACCCAGGUUAGCGCAUCCUGGCGGACCAUUAAGGACUAAUAAAGCUGCAGCCUUGGCUAAAUUUCUUGAAAGAAAACUUCAAGACCCAAAUGGGUUGGCUUCCAUUGAUCCUGAUAUCCUUGAGUUGGCUGUCAAGAAUGUCAAAGACACUGUCUUGACUAGUGGCACUUCAAAGUCUGGAACAAUUAUUCAUCAUGUGACUGACUUUGGCAACUCUGAGGAGUCUUUUGAAGAAGACAGAGUAGAAAAAUCUUCACCAAAGAAACGAAAGGGAAAGAACAAGAAAAGGGGGAAGAAGAACAAAAAACAGAAGAUAGUAGAUGAUAGUGAAUGUGCAAAUUUGAAAAAGCGCAAAAAGAAGUUGAAAUUGUGAUAACCAUUGGGGAUUUAAUGCCUUAGUUGUUGGAAGAAUUCAGUAGAUUCUUUGAGAAGUACUCAUCAUGGCUGCAAUAUGUGUGUGUGAUCAAAUGACAAAAAUCUUGGUUGCGGCAAAUUAGGAUAAGUUGCAGAUCUCCCUGAAUGUGCAAAGCAAGGGCUUGUUGCUACUAUUUCUCAUCAGCAACAGUAGAGGAAAGAUCUGUUACCAAUUUUCGCAGUCAAGUUAGUAUCUUCCUCUUUAUAUUCUUUUUCAUUGAUGUAAAAGAACUCCCAACUUGUUAUUUUUUGUACCGAGCAGAUCAAUCUGGUGACUGUUUAAGUGUGGGACUUCGAUGGUUUCCCCUCAGAGUAGCAAAUUGUAAAAUCUGGUCGAGGGAUCUUAUUUGCUUUUUACAAUAUUUAUAGUUGCCAUGGGAAAACUUUUAGUUUGGGCUACCAGUAAGCCAAGCUGAGCUAAAAUUUGACAUGCUUAAGCUUUGGUUCUUCUUCUUCUUUCA